AAGAUGUUCAUUGGUGGUCUGAACUGGGAGACCACAGAUGAAUCCCUUCGAGACUAUUUCACCCAAUUUGGCGAGGUGAUUGAGUGCACCGUGAUGCGCGAUGGCGCCACCGGCCGCUCACGAGGCUUUGGGUUUCUGACGUUCAAAGACCCAAAGACGGUAAACGUGGUGAUGGUCAAGGAACAUUAUCUUGACGGCAAAAUUAUCGAUCCCAAACGGGCCAUCCCGCGAGAUGAGCAAGAAAAGACCAGCAAGAUCUUUGUGGGCGGCGUGUCUCAGGAGACCACGGACGCCGAAUUCAAGGACUACUUUGCCCAAUUCGGCCGCGUCGUCGACGCAACCCUCAUGAUGGAUAAGGACACUGGCCGGCCCCGCGGUUUCGGUUUUGUCACCUUUGAGUCCGAGGCGGGUGUCGACGCAUGUCUCUCCACGGAUCUAGCCAUACAUGGCAAGCCCAUCGAGGUCAAAAAGGCCCAACCACGC